ACUGCGAUAACUGAUGCACCGGCAAUGUCAAACGAAAUUUGUCACGUUAUGCGACCUUGGUGAUGUAUUAAUGAGCACAUACACCUAAUUUACACGAGAAUAACGGAAUAUAAUUUUCCUUAGAAACAUCGUUUUGCAUUUUUAAAGGCCGGGUUGAUUCCUUUUGUCUUUCUAGCCUCUUGUAGGUGUCUGAACUCGACAAGAUGCGCCUCACCAUUCAGAUGUUGAUAUCCCAUGGCCGGGUGGCCCGUAAAAUGGGUCUCGGUCCAGAGUCCCGAAUAAACAUGCUUCGGAACAUUCUUACCGGCCUCGUUCGACACGAGAGGAUAGAGACCACCCGAGGUAGAGCAGACGAAGUUCGAUUCUAUGCUGAAAAGUUGAUUGACUAUGCCAAGAAGGGAGACACUGACGAGAAAGCGAUGAAAAUGGCAAACUUCUGGCUCACAGUAAAUGAAAAGGACCUGAUCCCAAAGCUCUUCAAGGUCCUGGCUCCCAGGUUUGAGACCCAGCCCAAAGCCUACACCCGCAUGGCCCGCAUUCCCAACAGGGAGAACCUGGACAAGGCUGCUAUGGCCGUGCUGGAGUAUAAAGGCAACCCGUUCCCACCUCUUCAGACCGCCAAGCGAGACAAUGAACUCACGCUAAUCAACCAGCUCCUCAAAGGCUACAGAGAACAGCGGGCACAGCAGGCAGCAGCCAAGGUUGAGGCAUGAUGCAACCAGCCACACACUGACAUUACAUGUGUUAGAUCAGGGGUGUGUUCGAUAUGGUGAAACAUUUAGAAUGUCAUGUCUGUUCAACAGUAUAUGAACAUUCUGGAACGUUGCUCCCUCCUGAAUAAGCCCCUGUAUUUCCCAAGGGGACCCACUGGUGGGUUGUACUCUAAGCUUUUAUAGUCCACAGUUUCUGACUAGGUCCUGGUUUGGAAACAUUGUUGCUUUGUGUAAUAAGAAAAACACCCAAACACUUUUGGUGGAUCACACUGUUUUAGAUGACUGGCACAGUAUUUGACUUUGUAUGGACCCCACUGAACAUGAGGAUGUUGUGUCAAAAUAAAUGUGAUUGUUUGACAAUG